UAGAUAGUUUUGACCUAGACAGAGGGUGACAUAGAGAGAGAGAGAGAGAGAGAGAGAGAGAGAGAGAGAUUCAGAGAUCCGAAGAGAUGAGUGAUAGGGUUUCUGGAAAGGUGAAGUGGUUCAAUGACCAGAAGGGUUUCGGUUUCAUAACCACCGACGAUGGCGGCGAGGAUCUCUUUGUGCAUCAAUCCUCCAUCCGAUCUGAUGGCUUUCGCAGCCUCGGCGAAGGUGAGUCCGUCGAAUUCGUUAUCGAAUCCGAUCCCGAUGGACGCACCAAGGCCGUCGAUGUCACUGGCCCUGACGAAUCAUCUGUUCAGGGUAGCCGACGCGCCGCUCCUCCUGGCGGUGGAGGCAGGGGCUACGGCGGAGGACGCGGUGGCGGUGGUGGACGAGGUGGCGGAAGAGGUGGAUAUGGAGGCGGCGGCGGCGGCGGUGGAGGAGCGGCUUGCUACAACUGUGGUGAGUCGGGUCACAUAGCUAGGGACUGUUACCAAGGAAGUGGCGGCGGUGGAGGCGGAGGUGGAAGAUACGGAGGCGGUGGCGGAGGAUACGGAGGAGGAGGAGGCGGCGGCGGAGGGAGCUGCUACAACUGUGGGGAGUCCGGGCAUUUUGCUAGGGACUGCCCUUCCAAUGCUCGUUAACCUAAUAGUAUGGUGUUGAAUGUCUCUGCCCAUUCCUUUUGUGGUUCUAUUGGAUGGGUCGGGGCUUGGUCUUGUGUUUUGUGGGUCCUUUUCGUAUUCUGAUUUGAAGAUUAUGCUUUAAAACGAGGGUUAGGGUUUUUCAUGAUGGGUCUUUCUAGUUGUGGCUUCUCUGGGCUUCUUUAAAUUAUAAGCAAUUAGUUGUUCGGUUUUUGUUUUUUUUUUUGGGCGUAGUGAAAUGGAGAGGGCUUUUGUUAAGUUCUGAAAUCAUUGACUAUAUACUCUGUUUCCUAGUGUUAAUUUAUACACAUCAUGGACAAAAUCUGCUCUGCCUUA